GUGACUAUGUGUUGCAAAGCAGCAAGAUCUUCCAAAUAAGGUUCACGGUUCGGUUCCUUGUUUCCGCGUAGUAGACUGAUAUUUAAGCAAGACUUCUCUAUUUUUUUUGAGUUUAGACCCUGUGCCGUGGGGCACCAUUGAACUCUAGUUCAGAGAGAAGCCAUAAACUACAUGGAUUUCAGAAUGCGUGCCUGAGUGGAGCGAGAGCGCUCUUCCUUCCGCGCUGCUUCAUAACAAAGAUGGUCAAGUCCUAUACUGCGAUUCGCACAUGACGCAUGGACAUGACAUAGCCGGGAAAAAGGAGUAAACUUCUCUUGCUUCCGCGCUUCAGAUGUUACUGUGAUCUCCUGGUCAACAUCUAGUUGUAUCAAGAUGUCGCUGCUCCGCACGCGGCGCAGCAAAAUCGACCGCGGGAGGACCACGGGGACGGCGCUGGGACAGAGUCCUUGCACAAGUGCCGCAAUGUUGUUGAAAAGUGGUCCGACAAGAACACUGAAAACGAAAGCGGGUCUGUCAAGUCCCUUUGAUUUUUGGCUCCAUACGUGCAUCCUUUCCGCGUACGUAAUGACCUGUCUUACCUUGGUUCUGGGGGCAUUCGGGGUCGCCACCGCCAUCGACCAGUUUUCCGAUGAGCUAUCCUAUGUGCAAUUUUUUUUUUGUAUAGACCUUCCUGCUCGCAUUCAAUUACAAUUUUAUGCGUAGAUCUGUAAUUGGCAGCAAGAACCAGCUUUCUGCAUAAAAUAGUUACUUAAUGCGUUUUUUAUCGCAACUUGAUGAUCCUCGAGGGUGAAGAUUUGACAUAGGAUAGUCGCCGGACGAGAUGGUGACGAUCGACUCCUCUGCGGCUAUGCAGAAUCCAUCGAAAGUUAAGACGUAUGGAAAGCGAAAGAAACGACCAAAGCCAUCUUCCUGGUCGUGUUACAGAUCGUGGAGUGAUCUUCUAGUGACACUCCGCGCGUUCGCAAACGCUGGGAUUGGACGUUUGUCUUCGACCACGAGUGUUGUACCUACCUUUUCAUAGACUUCACGUACUCUAUACGGAAAAUUAUGCCUGCAGUCCGUAGUUUGUGCCUCUGAGGACAGUUUCUUUGGCUUUUCCAUACCGGAGCAGCCAGUAGCGCAAGUCUUGACACGAAGCACUCCGACGCGAUGAUUUUGAGCCUACAGGAGCAGGUAUGAUACGACGAACUGGACUCGUGAUGUAGUGUUACAGGAGGGCGUCGGUAAAUGAUUUUCGUGCCAAAUAAAAGCCAAAACUCUAGUACGUCGUCCUCGUGCUGCCUCUCGAUCGUGCAUCACAAACAAAACUCGGAUGCAACUACAUUUUUGAAAAACACUUUUUUCUUCGAUGACAUAACAGGUAAAGGCCCUUUCGCAGGACAAAGCAGCACUGAUGGCGCAUAUCAUGCGGAAAGAUGAUUGCAGUAACUAUGCCAUGCCCAUAUCGUCUUGCAAGCGUAACUUGCCAUGCCCAUGUCGGACAUUAUGCAAGCAGUACUGAGUACAUCAUGCUCUCAACUGCUCUUUUUCUCUACCUUCUCCUUGCCUCUUUGUCGCGGAACAAGGUAACGGCAUCUCCACAACCACGAAGCUUUUUUUUUCCCGCAUAUGGGUAUGGCACGAAAGGUCGUGCAGCAACAGCUUUCCAUUCCAUAGCGCAGCUGAAGCAAACGUACGAACUCGAAGACCAAAACGACCCAACCGCAACCUCCACUACCGCUUCCUUUUCUCCCGUGCCUUCCACUGACACGAACCCCUUCUCAAGCACGUCUUUUUUGGAGGAGACAACGACGGUUGGGGUUGCGAAGGAGGAAGACACCGAGCUGGCGACGUUGACGAACAUGUUGCUCCUCAACGAGGGUUAUCAAAUGUAAAAAUGUCUGGGUCUGGAAGAAUGCAUGUUUGUCAUGCUUCUCUGGCAUGACUCUUAAAUCUGUCAUGCACGUUACCCAAGAGCUCCAUUUUUCUGUGAUGCAGAAACGCAGUUUGUCUUUGUCAUGCAGAAUAGGCAACACCUAGAAGCUCAGAAACUUGUCAUGCUGAGCCAGCACUUGUGGCCUCAUUAUGAGACGCCCCCCAGCAUCACAAGUUUCCAGACCCAGACACUUUUGCAUUUGAUAAGGGUACCCGCUUGAAGGCGCAGGACCGACUGGACGACGCGGUCCGCCAACGCGUCCGCGCGGAAUUUUUCGAACUGAACGCGAAAUUGGAAAUGGACAACAUUGAUCGGGUAUAAUAGGCGACGAGUUCUACUCUUAGAAGUUGUAAGAACCUAAAUAAAUAAAAAGAUGUUCUUGCGUUCGUUGUAGGAGGAGGAACUGCAGUUGGGGUGGUCAAGUGACAGCAGCAAUAAACUAACUGUAAAUUCAAGCCUGAUCUAUUAAGCCUGUUUGUGUUUGUAACGUGAAACUUCACAUUGAAAAAUCCAAAUUAAAAACCAUUCGUAUCAGGUGUCCAAAGACUUGACUCGCCUGAUGAUGCGGCAGCUGGUUGACUCGAUCCCGUUGUUUGGUCUUCCUGCCGGAUCAGUGGCUGCGGCGGAAAGUAGCACUUCCGGGAUGUUCGCGGAGCUGGAGUCCAUCGUCGCCGAGAUAAUCGCGGAGUUCAGCGCGCUGGACACGGACAAGAACCAUGUGCUGGAUAAAACGGAGUGUCCGGCCCCGCCGCGCGGGGUGGAUGCGAAUGGGGAUGCCAAACUGACCCCGGCCGAGGUUGUGGUGUACGUGUACAACAGUACGCGCAAGGACCCGCAGGAGGAGGGGCACCACGGCCGACCGCAGCACGAAAAGCAGCUCUUCGAAGAGCGCGAUGGCGGCACGAGCAACGGCACUGCCGGUUUGGCCGGUGCAACCACAGCAAGCAUGCUAGAAACUACGUUCACGACCGCUAGAGGAUGGAGGGACUAUGUUCCUGGUCGUGGAAUGCUUAGCCGUUUGUGUCGUGGCCGUAAUCCGAGGCCCGAGGAGGAGGGCGAGGCGACGGAGGACCCAAACAGUCAGAUCCAAGACAUCGAGCAUGAUUUCGAUGACGAUCGUGUCAAUGUCGUGGGAUCAGAUGAAAGCGCUGCGCGGGUGCCCACAAGCGGGAGCCCAUCGAAUCCGAAUGUCGUCGCUGGGCACCAGGUGGUUUGGUGGAGAACGCCGCGUCCGCUAACACGUGCAGAACGAGAAGAGAGUAACAAUUGGACCAACUACUAACCAGUAUAUCCGAUGAAAUUGCCUGCCCGUGCGGGCGGGCGACUAACUCGGAAUUUGACCACGCGGGAAGCCUUUGCCUUGUGGGCUGUUGGCAUGUUUGGACCUCCGCGAUGCCCGAGGGAAAAGGCCGCCCGCGGCAAAUUCCGAGUUAGUCGUCCGAACGGACAACUAACUCGGAUACCCUAGCUAGGUGGUUUAAUUGUUACAAAACUCUGGGAAAGACAAGGGUGGCGCUACCCAGAACCGACAACAAGGCGGCAAGGGAGACGACAAGGAAACGGCGAGGGAAACGACAACUAGCCCGUCCCAAAUGCUAAUGCAAAUACCCGGGGAUAUGAUGAAUAAGGCAGCGGAUGAUCAUGAUUUUAUGUAGUGAGGUCACCGAACGGCUCCAACCUGGCAGUUUUCUUGACAUGUCCCGGCAAAAACGACCGGCAGUCUGUAAUGCUGUUCUGCGUUUUUCCGCAUGAAAAAAGUCAAAGCGUGCCAGCCUGUUUGGCUUUGUCUUCAACGAAUCGCCUGCGGAUUCUAUCGGUCGCCGAUUGAUAAAACGACGCAGGGGAGCCGGCAAAAGGGGCACCCUUCUGAGGCGCCAGCCGCGUGAGAUUCUGUCGAUUUGGGGCGCCCAAAAGGGCGCCCAGAAAAAACGCGCCCAAAGCCAGAACAGCGAAACCGCAUGGCGCGGCCUCGAUUUGGGAGCAUUUUGGGCGGCCGCGAAAGCGGCCGCCUUUUCGGCGUUUUCUAAUCGGGACAAGCUUUGCAAAAAGCGCCGGCGCGAAAAAUAAACACGCAAAAAAGACAAAGCGCGCCGGACGCGCGAAGCCAGUCUGCAUCUUAUGGGCCCGAUUUUUCUUUGGUUUUUGGGCGCCCCCCGUGGCGCCCGGAUCGGGCCCAUAGCGUCGGGGCUGGCUUUCGGUAAGGAAUUUCGGAAAUUUGCCAAAAGUGCGUCAUGUUUUUCAACCGGCCGCCAUGCCGUGCGGCAUAACCUUACCCACGGCGGCAUGGAGAGCCCACAAAAAGCAGACCCCCUGCCGGUCCGCGGCCAGGGUGGAGGCAAGAAAGCGCCACCGACCUCACUACCUCCGCCGCGGCGGCUAUAUUUGGUACGUUGGUUUCUUGUUAUUCUAUGUUUCCAGAUUGAUAGCGAAGAUGGCCUCGGAUUCCGUUCUUUUCCAUCGAAAAAUGCCGAAUAAAUAUCGUGUCGUAGUGCCAUGCUUUGCAAUGGAAUGGCACUGCUUCUCAAUUCAAAUUUUGUAGUUCGACUUCGAGUACUUAAAAGAAAAGCGAAUUACAAAUCUGUUGCUCUUGUUGUUCUCCGUCGAUUUGACACCCCACCAAAAAGAGUAAGUUGGAACGAUUACGCGACGAGUCGAACUUCCAA